GUGUGUGUGUGUGUAUGUGUGUGUGUGUGUGUGCAUUCUGUGUGAAGUAUGGAGGAUCAGAAUAAGAGGGAAAGGAAAAAGUAGAGGGUGAAAAGAGGUAGACUUUUGCUGAGUCUCUACUCUAUGCAAGAUAUUCAGGCAGCUGAUCUAAGGCCCAGAAGGUAGUGCAUGAACAGUUCAGUCUUCCCAGAAUUUCUACCACUCUUCCUGGACACAGGACACCUCAGCUCAGUGGGCCAAAUCCAAUGAUCAAAACCUGCAGAUAACCCAACGAGUUCAAUUUUCAAGUCUGAGAAUGUGGGGAGAAUAUUUGCUUUUGUUUAUUAAUAUACACAGAUAGGAUAUAAUACCCAGGAUUUUGUAUCAGGAAAGAAAAGGAGAUUUGAAGCUAUGAGGUUUUAAAAAUAUUAAGAAUCACUUACUUAGAUUAUUGAGGAAAACACUCACUAGGCAAUGUCUCUAGAGGUGAUGUUUUCCUCUAGAGACAGAGGCUCCGUUCAUUGGUGGUGUCUGCCUUGGGCAUAGAAAGCACACACAUGCACACACUUACCUACUACAUACAUACAUGUACACAAGGUAAGUUUUGACAAACCAACACAAGUAACAUUUGAUUAUUGCUUAAUAUUAUCUUGAGUAGAAUACAAAUUGUUAUACAAAUGCUUUCAACUCAUUAUUUCUCUUGCUAUCCUAAAAUUUCAUCUUUAUUAAAGAACUAAGUAGAUGUAUCUCCAACUAGAGGAUCAACAAGGGAGUCAUCUCUGUAACUGAUCAAGACUUUCUAAAACAGCAUGAUUACCCUACUUAAAAAUGGGAAAAGGGAGGUCCAUAGAUCAGAUGACUUAUCCAAUGAAGAAAAACGGAGUUGAAAUUUGAACCUAGAUUAUCUGAAUCUUAAAUUCAGUAACUGAGCAAGAUAUACAGCUGCCUCCCACACCUCACAAAAAAUGUACAACCAGCGGUUGAACUGAGAGAGAAGUAGGAGUUUAAAAUCUGAAGAAAUGAUAAUGGCCUGUGUAGAUUUUCCCCGGGUGAAUUCAAUACUCAGGUGGAGAUUAUAGGUUACAUAACCACCACCAGAUAAAGCAUUCUCUUUCCUGAUGGCAGCAACACUUGGAAAACUAGAAUAUCAGAGUGUUCACAUUUCUGUGUCAGGUGGUCUUCUAGAACUAUUUAAGUGAGAUCUAGAGCCCAGGACACAAUCCUUCGACUUGGAACCAUGGAGCUGCAAGGGGCCUUCACCAUCUUUUUGGCACUCUGCUUGUCUUGCCUGAUCAUCCUCAUUGCCUGGAAAAGAACCAACAAGGGGGGAAAGCUACCCCCAGGUCCCACACCAAUCCCUUUCCUAGGGAACGUGCUCCAAGUAGGCUUUGAUGAGACUUAUCAAUCUUUAAUGAAGCUCUCCAAGAAAUAUGGUUCAGUGUUCACUAUAUACAUGGGUCCCCGGCCAGUAGUUGUUUUAUGUGGAUAUGAUACAUUGAAGGAGGCUCUGGUAGACCAAGGAGAUGAUUUCAGUGGACGUGGAGAAAUACCUUCAAUAGAUCGAAACUUCCAAGGUUAUGGUGUGGCUAUGGCCAGUGGAGAGCGAUGGAAGAUUCUUCGACGAUUUUCCUUGACUAUUCUACGGGACUUUGGGAUGGGAAAGCGGAGCAUUGAGGAACGUAUCCAGGAGGAGGCAGGCUUCCUACUGCAGGAACUUCGGAAGACCAAGGGUGCCCCCAUUGAACCCACCUUCUUCCUGAGCCGCACUGUCUCCAACGUCAUCAGUUCUAUUGUUUUUGGAAGCCGGUUCGACUAUGAGGACAAGCAGUUCCAGGCUUUGCUGCGUAUGUUCAAUGAAUCUUUCAUUGAGAUGAGCCGCCCCUGGGCACAGCUCUAUGACAUGUACUCAGGAAUUAUGCAGUAUUUACCAGGAAAACAAAAGUACCUGUACAACUUGAUAGAGGAGCUCAAAGACUUCAUUGUACAAAAGGUCAAGAUCAACGAAGCAUCUUUUGAUCCCCAAAACCCUAGGGACUUCAUUGACUAUUUCCUCAUCAAGAUGCAGCAGGAAAAAAAUAAUCCCAACACAGAAUUCAACACCCAGAAUUUGAUCACCACCACUCUCAACCUCUUCUUUGCUGGCACAGAAUCAGUGAGCUCUACACUACGUUACGGAAUCCUGCUGCUAAUGAAGUAUCCUGAUGUCCAAGCCAAGGUCUAUGAAGAAAUUAGCCAGGUAAUUGGAUCACACCGGGUCCCAAGUAUGAAUGACCAGUCUAAGAUGCCCUACACAGAGGCUGUCAUCCAUGAGAUACUGAGAAUGACAAACAUUGUGCCCAAGGGUGUUCCACAUGUCGUCACCCGGGACACUCAUUUCAGAGGAUACUUCCUCCCCAAGGGUACAGAUGUGUACCCCUUAAUUGGUUCAGCUCUGCAAGAGGCCAAACACUUCCGCUACCCAGAUACCUUCUAUCCUCAACAUUUCUUGGAUGAGCAAGGACGCUUCAAGAAGAAUGAAGCCUUUAUACCCUUUUCUUCUGGAAAGCGUAUCUGUCUGGGGGAGAGUUUGGCCCGCAUGGAACUCUUCAUCUACUUCACCUCCAUCAUUCAGAGCUUCUCCUUCUGUUCUCUGGUGCCGCCUGCUGAGAUUGAUAUUUCUCCUCAGGCAUCAGGCUUUGCCAACAUCCCCCCAUUUUAUAAGAUUUGCUUUGUGGCCCGCUGAGUAUUCCUUACUAUUGGUCAAGAAAAGACUCAUUAGAAAGCUGAGCUGUAUGGCGCACUCACCUGCUCACUCCCCCAAAUUCUCCCAAUUGUAAUAGAAAGCACUCUUACUACCACAACAGGUCCAUAGCUCAAGGAGGGUCAACUGCAUGUCCUGUAUAGUAAGUAGAAGAGCAAUGUGCUGACCAUGAUUUAGGCAAAAACCUGCAUGUUUAUAGUUAAUUAAAUCACCUUUGUUCUGGUUUUUCUCUAUCCCAAACUCUUAUUUGUCAUUAGUUGUUCUUUUGUCUUUGUCCUGGUAUUGACGAAAAUAAAGUUAAAAAUAAA